AUGACGAACCCGGACAUAAACUUGACAGUGAUCCGGUUCAUGUCGCACAACCACGUAGGAGAGGACGAAAGGGAGAAGAAGUUAGACGAUGGAGUAGUGACAUGGUUCUGGGUCAAGAACGAAGGCAACGAAAGGGUUAGUUAUAAAGAAGUGGUAGUCAAGAACGGUGCGGAGACGCUGGCUGCGAUUCAAGCUAUGAACGUCAACGACUACGAUCUGUGGAUAACAGGAAGGAGAGAAGGAAUCAACCCAAAGAUUAUAGAAGGAUUGUCCACGUGGAGCGAAGACCACCAGCUUGGAGUCAUCGGAGAAACCGUUGCUAAGAGCGUCUUUGCCUCGGAAGGAUCGGUGUUGGUGGUGCAACAACAGGUUAGGAACCAGAAAGGUGGUGAUGGUUUCUUGAAUGGCAAGUUUGAUUACAAGAGUUUAGUGUCUCUUUGGUCCUGUCAUAAUUGA